CAAUGAGGAGAUGGGAGAGGCAGGACUUUCAGCGCGAUCUGUGUCAGAAAUAGGAAUGACUUCUAUUUUAGCCCUUGGCAUCGCAGACGCUUGCGAGCAGUGUGGGUGCAAUAACUGAAUAACAUGGAUUUCUAAAUUUAUUUUGCGAUGCUCGCGCACGCGACGUGUCCGGUCUGGUCAGCAUGUUUUAACUCUGCUUGGUGUGCUGCAUACAGCUCCAUGCAGAUCAAGUCCCCAUCUGACUCCUGUAUUCCACCUGUGUUAUAUUUUGCUGUAUUUGGCAUCUUUAACAAUAUCUAAGGGGGACGAGAAAUGUUCUACUGCCAUUCAUGACACAGCAGUGACAUCUUGUGGAUAAAUUGAAUACAAUAUUUCAUUUCGUACACAUUUUCUCUCAGAAGGUGGUUGAAAAUGGCAUCUUUACAGACAAUGCCACUUCCCCAAAAAAAUUACCCCAGAAUAUCUACUCAAAGGUUAAAAAGUAAAUACAUAAAUAUGAAACUGUUGCCAGGGAAUUUCAAGUCAUGGUGUCCACUAAAAAUAGUUUCACCUUGCAACAUUGCAGUCUGGCAGUCCGAACAGUGCCUGGUCAAACGUCCCUGUCCAGUGUCCACUCCACACUGUGCUGGUUGGGGGAGGAACUCGACCCAAUUUCCCCUGCUCCUACUUCUCUCCUUGUGCCUGUAUCUAUCUCUCUGGAAAAUGAAAUAUGCUAAUAACAGAGAUAUGAAGCACCCUCUAGUAAGGAUGAGAAACGUUCAUUCCCAGUCCUCUCUGGGGAGUGACACCGACUCGCAGCCUGUCCUGAAAUUAGAGGAGGAGGAGGUAACACUAGAGGAGGAGAAAGAGAGGGAAGAGGAGAAAAAAGGGGACGUAUUGACGGACUCAGAGCUGGAUCCAGAGUUGCCUGAGGAGUAUUCCCAUGGCCUGGAGGACCUGAGGUGGAACCUGAGCUCUCUAGAGAAGGCUGUAUAUCUCAGCCUGCCACCGUGGGUCCAGAGAGCAUUGCUGUGCAACCUCAUGGCUAAAUGUGGUGUAAACAACUCAUUCUUCCCAGCCCGUCUGCUGUCCUACCUGCUGCUGCCCUACAUACUGCCAGCCUCUAUCUUUCUCCAUGUCAACUACAGGGUGCUGUGUUGGCUCCGCCAAGUCCCAGGGAAGUGGCUGUGGCCGGGUGUCGAAAUGGCUGUGCCAUUCCUUCUAAAGCUCUCUCACCCCAGGAAGAACCUCAUGCACAGGUUGUGGCCCUCUGGUCCUGUCAAAUUUUGGCCUGGUGUUCCUGCCAGGUUGUGGCCCUGCAAUCCUGUCAGGUUGUGGCCCUGCAAUCCUGUCAGGUUGUGGCCCUGCAAUCCUGUCAGGUUGUGGCCCCUACGCUUUCUGGCAUCUGCCAAAGAAACACAUACACAGUUUAAGAGUGCAGAGGAUCCUCCUCCACAGCAGCGCCGUCGCUCCGUCCUGCGGUUCCAGCUGUCCACCACCAGCACCCAUUACACAACCGAGACCCCCAACACCCCAACCGAGAGCCACCCUGACCCCCUGGGCUUCUGCCUCCUCUUCAACCUGGAACUAGCGAUGGACAACCAGCCCAAUCAGCCCAACAACCAGUCUCUACUCCACCAUAGCGAGAGGCUGCUGCCACUGGAGUAUGGCCCCUGCAUAAAGGAAGAGGCCCUGGCCUCCCCACACAUCUCCUACAUGGGGGUGGAGGAAGAGGAGGAGAGGAUCUCUCAGGGAGGGGAUGAGGUGGAGGAAGGGUUAGCUCUCCUCCGCAGCCUUCCUGUGGAGUGUGCCAAUACUGGCUACUAAUGUUGGCUGACUUUAGGGUCAGGAGUUUUUCCCUGAUCGGGUCACAUGGUUAGCAAUGUGAUUUUCUCAGCAAAUGAAUAGCAGACUUAAGUCUGCCUGUAUCCAAUUCACAACUAGUUUGUACUUUGAAGUAUAAUGUAUGUUGAACCAGAUUAGUGAAGUCAACUCUCAUGUGCCGCAUGAGGUAGUAAGCACAAAAGCUCUCUUUCUGCUACGUUCUUCCAUUCUCACUCCAGGAUGCACAAUGACUGGAAGGAAUGAUGAUUAGGGUAGAGUCCCUCUUAGUCACGUCACAUAGUCAAAACAAUUGCCUCAUGUCCCUUAUCAGCUGACUUCCAGGUAAAGUAGUAGGUAUUACCUUAUCAGCCGACUUCCAGGUAAGGUAGUACUUAUAUUGUAUUAGAUUUACGUAUUUUAAGAAAUUGUAUAUGCAGCGCUUGAAAGAGACACUGGUCUCAAUGGCGACUCCCUGAUUAAAUAAAGGUAAAUAAUGUCCACAGGACAUGUAUUGUACCUCAACUAGUUUAAUCAGAUUACUUUCAGGUAUUUGAUCGCGGGUAUUGUUCAUCAAGUGAGUGACAGUCCUAUGAGUGGGGGGCUACCUGGCAGAGAUGAAAAUAUCAUCUUGAACAGAAAACUCCAUUCACCCACUGGUGGUAGGAAUUUACAGCCUUGGGCAUAAGAAAGGCGGCAAAUAGCAAGCAGGACAUUUUUUCCUAUCUGGUUAUUAUCAGUGUUUGAUAGGAUCCUAAUAAACACCAUUAUUUUGUUAGCUGAAUAGUAAUACCUUUAGAUUGAGACAACGUUAAGCCUUUUCUCCUUGACCAACUGUUUUGCUGAGGUUGAGUGGAACUUAGUUCAUUUAAAUAAAAGUAGUUGACAAAUGAAAA